GUGCAAACUAUUAUAAAGAAAGGAAAAGCACCCGUUGAUCCUGAAUGUAGCCUUAAAUCGUCAUGUCAUGUUUAUGUAGAAGAUGAUGAUAUAUAUAAUGUUAUGCUGAAUCAAACCAAUAUCGAAUUUAAUAAUAAUAAAUAUUACGCUAUACAAUUGCUGGAAGAUGAUAAUGCAAAGCAUUUUCAUGUUUGGACAAGAUGGGGUAGAGUUGGAAAGAAAGGACAUAGCUCGACUUUUGCGUGCGGUAGUGAUUUGGAUAAAGCUAAGUCGAUUUUUGAGCAAAAGUUUUCGGAUAAGACAAGGAAUAACUGGAGCGAUAGAGAAAACUUCGAGAAAGUUCGUGGAAAGUAUGACCUUGUAGCAAUUGAUUACUCAGGAAAUAGUCCAUCUCAGACUUCUUCUAGUGCUGCAAGUUCUCAACAACAGUCAAAAUUAGAGAAAUCAAUUCAGUCACUAUUGGAGCUGAUUGGUAAUGUCCAGAAAAUGGAAGAGGUUGUCAUGGAAAUGAAAUACGAUAUUAAAAAGUCCCCUCUUGGCAAAUUAAGCAAGGAACAAAUUCAGGCGGGAUAUCAAGCUGUUCGAGAUAUAUUAGAUUGUAUCAAUAACAAUGAUACUGGAAAAAAUCUAGUGCAAGCCUGUAAUCGUUUUUAUACCAGAAUACCUCAUAACUUUGGAAUGCGAACACCACCUGUCAUUAGAACCAAAGCUGAAGCCAAGAUGAAACUGGACCUUCUUAAUACUUUAGCAGAUAUAGAAGUUGCUCUAAAGACUAUAAAUGAUAAAAGCCAGGAUGAGGACCCUAUGUAUAAGUUAUAUAAAUCUUUGAAAUGCGAAAUUAAGAGCAUGGAUAAGAAUAAUGAUACCUAUAAGAUAAUUGAUAAAUAUUUGCAAAUAACUCAUGCAAAAACGCACAAUGGAUAUACUAUGAGUAUCUUGGAUAUCUACGAACUCGAUAAAGAUAAGGAAGAAGAAAACUUUAAAGAUUCAGAUAAUAGGAUGCUUCUUUGGCAUGGAUCUCGGCUAGCGAACUGGAUAGGUAUUCUUACUAAAGGCCUCCGAAUUGCACCACCUGAUGCUCCUAGCACUGGUUAUAUGUUCGGGAAGGGUAUAUACUUUGCCGAUAUUUCUUCAAAAAGUGCAAAUUACUGUUUCGCAACAAGAAGUAAUGAUGUUGGCUUAGUUUUGCUAUGUGACGUUUCACUGGGUAAAUCUAGGGAACUACUAGCGGCAGACUAUGAUGCUGAUCAAUUACCCGUAGGCUAUCAUAGUACAAAAGGACUAGGACGAAGCGCUCCUAAUACCACUUCUAAUACAACACUGUCUAAUGGAGUAGUUGUUCCUCUUGGUAAAGUUAUGAAUACUGGUGUUAACAAUCCUGGCGGUUACACACUCAACUAUAAUGAAUACGUUGUCUACAACACAAAUCAGGUCAAGAUGAAAUACUUGGUCAAGAUAAAAUUUAAUUUUAAAUAA